AUAUUUUUCUUUUAGAAAUAAUAUCAGAAUGUAUGUCAAUGGUGUAAGAUAAGUACAAGAUGCCAGUGAAUAAGAUAUACCGUUUGAUGGUAUUAGGAGGGCCUGGAGUUGGAAAGACAGCUCUGAUUGAGCAGCUGAUAUUUGGGAAUCACCUAAUAGGAGUGACUACUGACAGGACGAUUGGUGAUAUUUACGAGGCAGUGAUAGAGACUGAGCCAGGAGUGGAGGAAGCCAUUCAGCUUUACGAUACACCUGGAAAUUUAUUUUCUAGUGAAAGAUCAAGAGAUGUGUCUUAUGAUCAGGAGCAUUACCUGUCUAUUGGAGAUGGCAUUGUACUAGUCUACGACAUUGCCAGUAAAAGCUCGUUUGAAGUUUUAAAGUUAAUUCGCCAUAAGAUAUCUCUCAAGCAUAAAGAAUUUCCAGUGGUUGCCAUUGGCAACAAGUAUGAUCUUGAUGGAAUCAGACAAGUCAAGAUGGACACUGCUUUGGAUUGGGCAAAAACUGAAGGAGUUCAAUUGUAUGAAACAUCAGUUCUUGAUAGAGACAGCUUGAAGGAACCGUUCAGCUGCAUUGCAUGGGUCAUGAGCAACCCAGGGCGUGUCCUACCAGCCCAGUUUCACAGUUCCUUUGUUCAUUCAAGUGUACGUAAGUCCUUCACUAUACCUCAAGGACGAACCAGGAAUAGACACACCCACAUAACCUCAUCAAAAGAGGACCCGCCCCUCCUCUCUCCUCCUCAUUCUCACUCUAAAGAGGACACGCCCCCUCCCUUUAACGAUCAGAAUAGAAAAGGAUCAACCCCUAAGCCGAUACCUCCUGCACACCACUCACCAUCAAUGUCAAAGGGUACCAGAGGUAGUCAUUCUUCAAUGGAUACUCAUCAGUUACAAACUACUACUGAUAGUCCUUUAUUGACGCUCAGGUCUAUCUCAUCUGAUAUGAGUGAGUACUCUAUGGACAGUCGUAUUUCAACUCACAUCUAUCCUGAUGAUGCACUCUAUCCAAGGCCUGGACUAUUGGGACUUGCUGACUGUAUGAGUUCAAAGACCAGCAGGGACAAGAAGAAAUAAAUUAAUAAUCAAUGAUGAUGACACUUUUUGACCAUUUCAAUUCCUCCAUUAACACAUACAGUCAUUGUUUCAUUAAUGCUAACACACACACACAGUCUGUUAUACUGGUGCUGCUGCUGUUCCUUUUAUUCUGUUCAAUUUCUCAUUUCAUUUCAUUAGCCAUUCUCUCAAUGAUUAA